AUGUCGCUCAGCGACGACGCCGAAAGACAUGGAGACGCGCUUUCUCGAGCGGAAGGUUACCUCGAGCUUCUACAAAAGGUGACCGGAAGCUCGAGAAACCUAAAGGGCACGUAUAUCAAGGCCCUUAAAGAAGUCAGAAGAGAAAAUUCGUAUGCAACAUUGGAAGACACCUAUAUUGACUGCAAAAUUAAGAUGAAAGAGCAUUUGAAUAAAAGUAGAACUCCUGUCUCAGAUUCAACAGGAAGUGACUUGAACAUUAAAAAUAUCUCAACAAACCCUGAAGUAAAGCUUCCACAGAUACAACUGCCCUCAUUUUUUGGUGCAUAUGAAGAAUGGCCGAGUUUUCACGAAAUGUUUAUAUCAUUAAUACAUAAUAAUCACAGUUUAAGUGCAGUACAAAAACUUCACUAUUUAAAGAGUAGUUUGAAGGGAGAAGCAGAAAUGCUACUACGAAGCUUGUUAACAACAGAAGUUAAGUACACAGAAGCAUGGGACCAAUUGGUGCGCCGAUACAAUAACAAAAGAUAUAAUUCAAAUGAGAUAAUGAAAAAAUUAUUUUCCUAA